AUGUCUGUGUGUAAAAAGUUGCUUGACUUUGUCAAGCGCAGAAGCUUAUGGGCACAUGUUGGGAGAAAUGUCACAACGUGGUCGCCUGUUGGAGCUGCGUUCAAUUCCAAACUUCACAGGAAACUGGACCUCUUUGAUAAGAAUGUGGGGUUGUUUGGAGUGCCAGAGCUGAGUUGUCCUACAGGUUUCCAGGUGGCAACGAACGCAGCUCUGAAGAGCACUGAGCUCCUGGUGGAGAAGGUCUGCUCCUGUCCCCCAGGGGUCCAGACUGUGGACACCUUUGACCAGCUCUCUAAUGGUUUGUGCAAAGUGGCUGAUCUGGCAGACUUCAUAAAAGUAGCGCAUCCUGAUCCAGCAUUCCGUGAGGCUGCAGAAAAAAGCUGCAUUGACAUUGGCACAGUUGUGGAGAGGUUGAACACUAAUGUGGAUUUAUGCAACAGUUUAAAGAAUUUACUGGACAACCCAGACAUUAUGGCCCAAUUGGAUGCUGAUACAAGGCGGGUUGCAGAGUUGUUCAUGUUUGACUUUGAAAUAAGUGGAAUUCAUCUUGAUGAAAAACUGAGGAAAGAGGCGGUUGGCCUCCAUGUGAAGCUUUUGGAUCUAAACAAUGAGUUUCUAGUUGGUUCUCACAUGCCGAACAGAAUAGCAAGAUCUGACAUUCCCGAACACCUGCAUAUAUACUUUGCAAGUGAGGGAAGCUUCCUUCAGGUUGGGGGUUUCCAUGCUGAUUCUCCAAAUGACUUGGUACGAGAGAUUGCCUACAAGAUUUAUCUGUAUCCAAAUGCAGAUCUGAUGAAGUGUCUGGAAGAGCUGCUGAGAUGUAGAUACAAACUAGCCAGGCUGGUGGGAUAUGAGUCAUACGCACACAGGGCCUUGAAGGGAACAAUGGCCAAAACUCCAGAGACUGUGAUGAAGUUUCUGCAGCUGUUAACAGACAAACUAUCAGACAGAACAGCACAAGAUUAUAAAAUGAUGGCUGACAUGAAGAAAAAACUCAAUCCUCAUAACUCUGAGCUGAUGCCAUGGGAUCAUCCAUUCCUCACUGGUGUGUUACGUGCUGAGAGGUACAACAUAGAGCCCAGUCUCUACAGUCCCUACUUGUCUCUCGGUGCUUGCAUGGAGGGUCUGAAUAACCUCUUCUCUCAGCUUUAUGGUGUCAGCCUCAUGUCUGAACAUCCCAGAGCAGGAGAGGUGUGGAGUGACGAUGUUCGCAAACUGGCUGUGGUGCAUGAGACAGAGGGAUUAUUGGGAUAUAUCUACUGUGACUUUUUCCAAAGGCCAGACAAACCUCAUCAGGACUGUCACUUCACUAUUUGUGGUGGCCGUUUGUGUCAAGAAACUGGCCAGUACCAGCUUCCAGUUGUAGUGCUCAUGCUGAGCUUGCCUCACCCAACCACUAGGGCUCCCACGCUGCUUACUCCAGGCAUGAUGGAAAACCUCUUCCAUGAAAUGGGCCACGCCAUCCACUCCAUGCUGGGACGCACACGCUACCAACAUGUUACAGGAACCAGGUGUGCUACUGACUUUGCUGAAGUUCCUUCCAUCCUCAUGGAAUACUUUGCCACUGACUAUCGAAUCGUCAGCAAGUUUGCACGUCAUUAUGAAACUGGCCAGCCUCUGCCUGAAAGUAUGGUAUCCCGCUUGACUGAGUCGAAAAAAGUGUGCGGAGCAGCAGACACCCAGUUACAGAUUUUCUAUGCAGUCUUGGACCAGGUUUAUCACAGCAAGCCUCAGAACCGUUCCACCACAGAUAUCCUGAAGGAGAUGCAGCAGAAAUUCUACGGCUUACCUUAUGCUCUCAACACGGCGUGGCAGCUGAGAUUCAACCAUUUGAUUGGCUAUGGGGCUAAAUACUACUCCUAUCUCAUGUCUCGUGCUGUAGCCUCAAUGGUCUGGAAGCAGUGUUUCAGUGAGGAUCCUUUCAACAGGAACAUGGGUGAGCGUUACCGCAGAGAGAUGCUGGCUCAUGGCGGAGCAAAAGAGCCAAUGCUUAUGGUAGAAGGGAUGCUGCAGAGACAGCCCACCAUUGAAGAGUUUGUCGAUGCGCUGGUGUCGGAGCUCAACCCAAACUUUGAGACCUUCCUCAUGGACUCUGAAAGCUAACAAGUUUCUGUUGUCACGGAAAUGGACUUUGCAGGAGAAAGAGGAGUCACUGAUGCUGCACACUGGGGUGUGGCGGUAAAACACACACCACAUGCUCAUCUUCAGUCGUAAACAUGUUUACUUUGUAAAGGACACAAUAGGUUUUCUAAAAGUCAUGUUACUUGUGUGUAUCAAAGAGCUGCCGGGUGUCUCUGAGUCGCGUCAUCUUUGCAGCACCCUGCGCUGUGGCCUUAUGGAACACAAUGUGUUGUACUGUACAACAGCCCGGCCACUCACUACACAAUGAUGUGAUAACAGUACAAGUUUAUUCCAGAUCAUACUCUCUGAGCGUGCAAGAUCUGUUGGAAAUUGUGCACAGCACCUGCAUUCUGAACAUGCGUACUGGUGAGAUGAGACUGCAACGCACCACGUUUAGCAUGAUCAAAACUUCUACUGCAUUUCCUGUAUUAUGUCAUAGCACACAUUGUGUAGUGUUACAUAGCUGUUACUGCAAACAGAUACACACACACACACACACACACACACACACACACACACACACACACACACACACACACACACACACAUGCACUGGAGUAAAACAGGAAUUGGCAAAAAGGAACAAAUAUAAUGACACACCCCCUUGUGGCCAAUGUCCACUGGAGCUCCAGAAAGAUUUUGUGUGGUGUUCAUGUUUCUGAUGUUGAAAUCCCCCCCACCCCAAGAAGCAGCCAAAGCUGAUGGGAAAGCUGAAGGAAAGCUGACUUCCAAAGGUGCACACAUGAAGGUGUCUACGGAGUGCUGGAGUGACCAAAGAGAGGAUAAAAUGGGGGACUAAAGUAUUCUGCCCAUCUUAUUGCAUGCUUGAGACAUAUAAUUCUACAAUUUGAUUAAUUUGCACUUGAGUUAAUUAUUUAAAUAAUUUUGGCAGCACAUAUGACCAUUGGUGGCUCCCUCUCUCUAAGCAAACCAAAUAUUCUGUGCUGAGUAAAUGCAUUUCAGAGUUUGAUGUUAUCCACAUAAACACCCAAUAAUUGCAUUUCUAUAACCCAUAAAUAGAUCCUUGUUAUUUGAUUAGUGGAUUGUGUGUCACAACAUUAUUUGUCCCAUUGUAUUAAAAA